AUGGGAAACGCAUAUAAUCGCCAACGACCAUCGAAAAAUAGAGUACAAAGUAUAUCGCUCUAUCCUUUUCAUACAACAAAACCCAAUGCUAGCCAUAAUUCAUUUCCGAAUACUAUCAAAUUUCCAUAUCAUCAUCAAUCCCAAGUCAGUUAUCUUCGCCACCGAUCCAACCCAGUUGUAAGACCUCACGUAAUUAUAACUCCUGUUAGAGUUCAGGCAACUGGCCCCUAUUAUUUUCGCCAUCGAUCUCUAUCUCCGCCGAUCGAACCUGAAGGUGGUAUCGAUCAGAGGGUUUGUUCUUUUACACCUUGAGGGAAUUAUGGUUGCCAUCAUGUGAAUUUUUAAUAGGUCUAUACCCCAUGGACUACUUUACAACGUCCCUUGAAUGUGCAGAACUAUUCGCCCGAUAGAUUGCAAGAUACUGGAGCACUCAGCGAUCUUCGUCCAUAUAUUCACGGAAAUCAAAACACCAAAGUAUUAUUUCGUUGUUGACAUUGAUUUAUUUAUGAAUAAAAUAUCAUGUAAAUUAGAUGUCUCAAAGUAAUGAUUCAAUAACAAACGACUACGUUCAACGAUCGAAUCUUGAUAUACAGAAUAUUGGACAAAAUUAUUAUUUUGACAAUGGUUUGCCGAUAUCACACAAGGUAUCUUCCAUUUGUUAGUACAUAUUCUUAUUUGUUGAAGUAUCUCAAACUAGAGCAAUACAGAUUCUGAUCGUUCGUUGUUCUCCAAUAAUCAGUGGACUUUGUCUGUGAGUAUUUUGAAAUUCUUUUUCAUUAUUUGAUAAUUUUAUAUGAAUUCAUUGUUGAACUCAACCGAUGUUGAUUGGGCCAGUGCGCCAUAUGAAUAUCAUCGAGAUAAAGCGGCAAAGAAAAAGAAAGAAAAGUAUGAUUAAAUUUAUUAAAAGACCUUCUCGCAUUAAAAACAAACUUUACAGAAAACCGGUUGGUCUUUGCUUCUCCUGCUGCCCGCUGUGUAUAUACUUCUCAAUCCUGGGAGGUCUUUUACUAGCCGGUGUGAUUGCUGUGGUUCUAGUCGUGCUGUUGGUUAAAAGAAACUCAGGUAGGCAAAGAACUAACCAAGACGACUGGUAUGAGCAAUAGAGUUUCAAAAAGGCAGCUUGAACCGCCGGUCUGUCUAUCUUUUUCUUUCGAUAUGAAAUUUUUAUCUCAUAAAUUGAAUUUAUUUUCAUAAAAAACGAAUUAGAAAAAUACUUGAAAAAAAAAUAUUGAAGAUAGAUGGGAACUAUCAGGUCCACUAUCGUUAUAAGAAUGUUAGCAAUAAGGCCAAGGGUAGAUAAGUGAUGCGACCAAUACCUCCUUCCCAUGUUGUCCAUUGUUUUGUCCACAUCAUUGCUUAACCGUGUUUUUUUGCUUAAGAUUUUCCAUAUUAGUGCAAAUUGUUACUCUCUUGAUUGUAAUACUUUGAACGAUAUUUUUGUUUUAUCUUUCUAAAUACCAACAUUUUUCGAUUCAUAUGAAACAUCAAGUAAAAAUAUUUACACUGUCAACGUCUUCAAAACAUGAUAGUUUCAUUAUAGGGCACAGUCUGACUUUGUUUUGAACAAUUUUAGUUUGAAAUCGAUUACCUCUCAGUGAAUGCCUCCUUAUGGUUAGCUUUGAACAACUUUUUCUUGCUUCCAUCAAGUAGAAUACACUUGAUGAAGUUAAUUUUUUUCUGCUCCUAUUCUUAUGUACAAUGCUGUAUUGACAAAAGGGUCAAAUCUCUACAUGGUGAUCAUUUAUAAAUAUGCUCAUGGACGUUCACAUUAAGAAAUUUCCAAAGAUAUCAUCUAUGUCAAUCCUUAUGACUUACUAGACUU